GACGAAGCGACGUGCGCGUCCGUGUUUCCGCGCGCCUAGCAGCAAAGCCAGAACAGAAGAGGGCGAAAAAUCCAGCGAGAGCCAAACCGAGCUUCCUGAGCCCAGCGCCUUUUUCUGCGGGAAGUUGUCUCCGGGGCGCUCCACCGUGCACGGAGAGUAGGAGAUUUCUGUUUUAUUUUUUUCCCUGCACAACUGCAACGAAUCUGCACGACUGGGCGGUUUAAGUUUUUGCUCGCUUCACGGCCCCGUCUUCGGCUUUUUGAGUUUUAUUGGAGAGGCAGCAGCAGCAGCAGCACACCACGUCGUGCCACACGGGGAGGAGAGAGGGCAGAAGUUUCCGCUGGCUUGUUUUGUCACUGCGGGGCUGGUGAAUCCGCAGGAAUGUCGCAGAAGGAGAGACCCACUUUCUACCGACAGGAGCUCAACAAAACCGUGUGGGAGGUUCCGGAGCGGUACCAGAACUUAGCUCCCGUCGGCUCCGGCGCUUACGGAUCCGUAUGUUCAGCGUACGAUGUGAAGAGUGGCCUGAAGGUAGCGGUGAAGAAGUUGUCCAGACCUUUCCAGUCCAUCAUCCAUGCAAAGAGAACGUACAGAGAGCUGCGGCUGCUCAAACACAUGAAGCACGAGAAUGUGAUUGGUCUAUUAGAUGUUUUCACACCAGCCACAAGCUUGCAGGAAUUCAAUGAUGUGUACUUGGUGACGCACCUAAUGGGUGCAGACCUCAACAACAUUGUAAAGUGUCAGAAGCUAACUGAUGACCACGUCCAGUUCCUCAUCUACCAGAUCCUCAGAGGCUUAAAGUACAUCCACUCUGCAGAUAUCAUCCACAGAGAUUUGAAGCCUAGUAAUCUGGCGGUGAAUGAAGACUGUGAGCUCAAGAUUCUGGACUUUGGUUUGGCGCGGCACACAGACGAUGAAAUGACAGGAUACGUAGCCACCCGAUGGUACCGAGCCCCAGAGAUCAUGCUCAACUGGAUGCACUACAACAUGACCGUGGAUAUCUGGUCGGUGGGCUGCAUCAUGGCUGAGCUGCUUACAGGACGGACGCUCUUUCCUGGAACAGACCACAUUGAUCAGUUGAAGCGUAUCAUGGUGCUCGUCGGAAAACCGGGGGACGAGUUCAUGAUGAAAAUGUCCUCGGAGGCUGCGAGGAACUACAUCAACUCACUUCCCCACAUGCCCAAGAGGAACUUUGCUGAUGUGUUUAUUGGUGCCAAUCCUCUUGCAGUGGACUUGCUGGAAAAAAUGCUGGUGCUGGACACAGACAAGCGGAUCACAGCGUCUGAAGCUCUGGCCCACUCUUACUUUUCUCAGUACCACGAUCCAGACGACGAGCCUGAAGCCGAGCCGUAUGACCAGAGCUUUGAAAGCCGGGAGCUGGAAAUUGAGGAGUGGAAGAAAUUAACCUACGAAGAGGUACUCAGCUUUGAGCCGCCAUCGUUUGAUGGAGACGAGAUGGAAUCUUGAGGAGGAAUCGCCUUUUCUUCCAUCUUUUUGUUUUCCAAGAAACACUCUUCAAGAACUAUCAGUCUCAUGCGACUAUCCACCACUUUCCUCACACACGCGCACAACCAUGACAUUCAAGUGCCUGCCAUCAUUCAUAUCUGGGGGACGUUGCGAUAUCAGGGAAAAAAAAAAAACUUGACAUCCUGUUCAUACCGUCCCCUGCUUUGCUGUUUUUUGUUACUUUGCAUCCCAGUGUGCUGAGGCAAACUUUAAUUCUUCUUAUUUUUAGUAAAUAUUUACCUCAAACAUUAAAUGUUUAGAUGGUGCCCUCUAUUUGACUCCCACACUAAAAAAGCAUCAGCAUCUUCAGGCAAACUGGACAAAUCCAACUGCUGAUAUGUGUUUUUAAAACGUUUUACUACCUGAUAAUUAAUCCAGGACAAAAAGUACAAUUCGGAAAAGUUUUAAACCACAAUGUUUCUAAAGUCUAUCUUUCCUCCACACAUUAAAUUUAAUAUUUCUACAUCUAGUGCAUAGAACUGUGUAGAAAUUACAUCAAACAGUAUUUGUACAUAAAUAUUUCAGGCAAAACAGUUACCAUAUGUGUAAAAUAGAGUUCAUUUGCUGAGAACACACUUCAGCUGAUCCCUCUGACAGUAUGAAUUUUAUUACUAGAGUUUAUUCUAAGAUGGCAUAUUAAAAGAUGCUGUAUGUAAGUUAUUGCAGGCGUGUUUCUGAUAAAAUAUGUACAAUAUUCACCUCAAGAUGGACAAUUCGAGGCUUCAUAUUUCUUAUUGUUGGAUUUGUAGGUUUACAGUGUCCUUAUUUUAAAACCGAAAUGUCAGUUUGGAGAAUGUUGCUUUCAUAUCCGUUUCACCUAACAUUUUAAGUUCCCAGUGCUCCUCUCCUGGUCUUUUCUCAGCACUUCUGUUUUUCAGAUGAAUGUUUUUAGCAAACGGCCACCAACCUCCAGUAUCACCACAGCAUGAUGAAGCCAGGUUUGGCUUAUUAGUUUAUUUAAAAUUUGAUGUUUUCCAUCACAACAUCAACUGACAAUGUAAUUUAAUCAUAUUGCAUUUAUAUAAACCACAGUACUAUUAAUGUUUAUUGAAUGUUUGGGGCACCGAUUGGCCCUGUAUUUAUGAUCUUUUCUUAUAUUGUUUGUAUAUCAAUGUGAAAGAGAAUAUUAUUUGUCAGAAUUUAAGGUUGUUUUUAUUAUUUAUGGAGAGCUUAUUGUAUCUGAAUCCAAAUGUAUCGUCAAAAAUGUCAUGCGUCACUUGAGCCACGGUGACUGCAGUUACAGCUUGUGUAUCUGGGCUAAGAAUGUUUUUUUGGACAUUGUGGAAAACCAUAUGGUUUCAAACCGGUUUGACCAGCUCUGCUUGUUUUGCAGUUGUUCUGAGUUUUGAAUUUUUCGACAGUUGCUGAAAUUGUAUUUAUCUCCGUGUGUUCCCUGACGUACUGCCCUCUAAAUGAGCCUGUUUACAAAAACAUCGGUCGUAAACGUAUCCAGACAUUCAAGCAAAAUCUGCAUCAUGAAUAAGCCACCAUAUACAUCGAGCAACAAACCACUAAAACUGUAGAAUCCUAUUUAUAAAACAAUGUCGUCUUUUUUUUAGUGUGAACCGUUUUGGAAAUCAAACACAUACAAGCUGUAUCCUCAGUUGCUCUGGCUGCGUCAACCAAACAAUAUCAGAUGUCAAUUUCAUUUUGCAACUACUUUGUUUAAUGUAGUGCUCUUUUUUUUUUUUUUUUUACUCUUCGUGUGUUAAAUCAAGAUUUGAUGUUAUUCUGUGAUAUUGAUUGUUUUAUGAGCAGCACUCGAACCGUAUUGUUCAUUUGAAUAAAGGUAGCAGGGCACAUGUUUGCGGGAAAGAGUGUACGUUUACCCACUGGAUGCUAAAGGGCAAAGCCGAAGCCUCACAGUUUGUCAUUUUUAGAACAAUUGCAUCAAUUAGAAUAUUUAUCUCGUCCAUAUCCCAAUGUCGAUAAUUUGGUUGUGUUUGCUUUGCCUGAGAUGUGUUCAUAUUUUUUUCACUAUGUUCUUGACCACAACAGCAGGCCACCUGUAAAUACUGCCAUUAGAAAAAUAAAGGCUACUAUUUUUCAACGCUAAAGCAA